AUGCCGCCGCAACGGAGAUAUAUACCGCUGCUAGCCUUCGCGACCUUCGUUCUCGUCUUCGUCCUCUACCGCAGCUCGUCCGCACGCGAAACAUGGCGAACGUUACCACAGCACGUCGGCAUGGGCGAAUCGAUACCCGAUGACUCCGACGACGCGCAACCACCAGAACUCGUCCAGGACUACUCCACGGGCGACUCCGCCCGAACCUCUAAAUCAACACUCUCUUCCCACGCGAAGCCCAACUUCCAGCCCGGCACCACCUACCCGCCUGGCCACGAAUACAGCCGCAUCCUCGUGGUCCCGCGCACACACGACGAGGACAUAUCCUGGAUCUCAGAAGAGCUCCCCGAAUGGCGGACGGCAAUCUACACAGUCGACGACCCACUGUCGCCCCUCCACCCGCCCAAGAACAAAGGCCACGAAGUGAUGGUGUACCUGAGCUGGAUAAUCGACAACUACGAGUCCCUCCCGGACGUGGCGGCCUUCAUGCACGCGCACCGCUGGAGCUGGCAUAACGACGACAUCCUCGACAACGACGCGGCCCAGAUGCUGCGGCGGCUGAGCAGCGAAAGAGUCAUGCGCGAGGGCUACAUGAACAUGCGCUGCCACUGGGACCCCGGGUGUCCGGACUGGAUGCACCCGGGCGAGGUCGAGGAGGACAUCAACAAGCAGGAGCAGACGAUGGUCGCGAAGGCGUGGUCGGAGAUCUUCCCGCUGGACCCCAUCCCGGAUGUGUUGGCGCAGGCGUGCUGCGCGCAGUUUGCGCUGAGCAAGCUGCGCAUCCGGAGUAUCCCGCUGGCCAGCUUCGUGUGGUAUCGAGACUGGCUGCUCAAGACGCAGCUGAGCGACUACAUCUCCGGCAGGAUCUGGGAGUAUAUGUGGCAGUACAUCUUUACGGGGCAGAAUGUGGUUUGUCCCGCCAUGCAGCAGUGCUACUGUGAUGGGUUUGGGGUGUGCUUUGGUGGCGAGCAGGCGUUUAACGACUGGUUUGAGCUGAGGUAUCGCAUGCGUAGGCAUGAGGAUGAGCUGAGGGAGUGGCAUGAGAAAGAGAAGGCGAUUUUGGAUGCGAAGGCGGAUGGGAAGGUGGACGAGGCGGCGGAGCUGGAGGUGCCGGAGUCGGGCAGGGAUCGCUGGUUGCAGGAGCAGAUCGAUCAUCUGAGGCUCGACCUGGAGGAAAGGAAGCAGGAGGCGUUUAAGAGGGGAGAAGAUCCGAGGCUGAGAGCUGAGGAGUGUGGAAGAGAGUGGAAAGAAGGAGAUGGAUUCUGA